UGCAGCCCCGCUAAAUCAUUUAUAAAAAUGUCAUCCAACAACUCCUUUGUUCUCGUUAAGUUUGAGGAAACAGAUGAAGUAGAAGUGGUAUCGACCGCCUGGUUACGCCAAAAUAAUAAAAAGUGCGCUUGGCCAAAUUAUAAAAAUUCCAACCGUCUGGCCAAAGCGGUCAGCUUACAUGAACCUGUUCAAGAGUGCUGGUCACUUCAUACCAUCAAAUUACUCGGUAGUGGUCGACAAUUUGUUUCGUAUCAUGACGCUCUUUCAAAGUUGCCUAAAGUUCUGGAUCAAUCAGACGCAGAAAUUAACAGCGAUGGGGGAAGGAAGAGCAGAAAAUCCAACAAAAACACAACUUACAGUGAUUCAUCUGACGACGAAGUAAAUAAUCCGGAUUCUUUUACCCUGCCACCACCACCCGUCAUUGCACAUGGUUCAAAAGACACUGAUAAAAUCAACAAGUUGAUCUUUGACUCGGCAAAAAAGUAUGACCCACCUCACAGCUCCCCGAUCCCGUUCACUCUUGGCUUAGUUGGGGUAGAAAAUCUUGGCACUACAAGCGGAACUAUUUCUGAUUCAAAUUCGUCACCGGACCAUGUUUUGAAUGAGAUUCAGGUUCCGGCUACUACUGAAUACAGAAACGAUAACGGUGGGGAUAACCGGGAUGAUUCUUUUAUUGUCACCCCUUUGCAAAAUUGUCAUCCAGAUAAGGACUUUCAAAACUGGGUGGCUAGAAAUAUUACCAUUUUGAAAGCUCAGAACCGACAAAUUCAGAACAGUCUUGACGGUAUUCUAUUACAACUUGGGGAUAGGACUGAAUAUAAAAAUUCCCAACCAAAAAAUGUUCACCACGAGUUACCAUGCAAGACUUUGGAUGAUGUUGAAAAUGGAAAGAAGGUUUAUUCUUCUUCAGAUAGUCGAGAAUCUUUAGUACAAUAUCUCGGCCAGAAGGGGGGAAAGAGUGUCUCUUCGUGCACUCGGAAGGUGCUAUCUUGUUUGUGCACCGAUAAAUUGGCCUGUAACUACAAUUGGAUUGGAUCGCGUGGUGGCAAAGUGGGAUUUAAGGAGACAUGGAUGAAGUCAAUUAUUUUGGGCAAGUCAUUCACAAAUUCUCCUGGAUUUACUUGGAGUAUAAUUUUUCUGUCUAUAGAUUCUGUUAGGCUAUAUCACGCCAGGAAAUCGAAGCAGGUGACAGACGACGAGGUGGAAGAAGUUAUGAAGGAAUGGCUAAAAACUGCGCCGAAAAGACUCAAACCAACUGGACGACCCGAUGGAUUUUCCGGAAAUGAGCACAUUGCGGAAGAUGAGGACAUGUCGCAUCGUCUGGCCUAAUAUCGUUUUUAUCAUUUGGUUUUGCGAAUAAUCUAAACUUAAGACCGUAUAAAUAAAGGGAAACUGAAAAAUUCUGGUGUUUUUUCAUAUUAAUUUCACGUGUAAUAUACGAGUUUGUGUGCCUUAA